UUGCACACAGUGCUCCCGCCAGCAGAGCUGGGCUCGCCCCUCAUUCUGCAUCAACCAUAAGGUCCUCUACAAAGUAACGGUGAAGACGGGAGAGAAGAAGCUGAUGCGGAAACCAGCGCAAGGGUCUACAUACAGAUGAAAGGAAGCAAAGGGAAGGUGAACAAGACCCAGCUGUAUAAAAAAUCCACUCCGGACUCUGAAUUUAAAUUCAACAAAGGUUCAACUCACACCUUCAAAGUUUAUGGGCCGGAGAUCGGGGACAUUAAAAGCAUAACUCUGGAGCACGAUGGCUUGGAACAACAACACGCCUGGUAUGUGAACGAAAUCACAGUCACCAACACAAACCGAGACAAGUCAUGGCAGUUUCCGUGCCACCGGUGGUUCUCCCUGUACAAUGCCGACUGCCAGCUCAGCCGAACCUUAACGCCCAGCAGUAAAACUUCUCAGCACCAACUAGAUGGAAAAGUGGGCGACCAUACUGUUUACGAAGUGGUCACCAUAACUGGAGAUGUACGAGGAGCCGGCACUGAUGCCAAUGUCUUUGUCACCCUCUUUGGGGAGUUUGGGAUUACACCCAAGAUCCAUCUCACCAGCAAGAGUAGAACGGCAUUCGAGAGGACAAAAACCGACGUGUUUCGGGUUAAAACCAAUAAUGUUGGGCCCCUCAAGAAGAUAAGGAUUGAGCAUGAUAACACAGGCCUGAAUGCCGGCUGGUACCUGGACCGUGCGAUAGUUACAGACAUGAACAGACCUCAUCUGAGAUUCUAUUUCCCCUGUAAUAACUGGCUAAGUAAGGAGGAUGGAGAUGGCCUGUAUGUCAGAGACCUUCUGGGGAGCCUCAAUCCUAUGGAUGUGCCUAAGGUGAAUAAAUAUAUUGCCAGAGUGUUUACCGGAUCUGCCAACGGAAGCGGGACAGACGCGGACGUCUUCCUGAACAUAUUCGGGGAAAAUGGUGACACAGGGGAAAGGAGGCUGGACAAUGACAAGAACAACUUUGAGAAAGGAUCGGAAGACAAGUUCACCAUCGAUGCGCCAAACUUGGGAAAACUUCGGAAAAUCACCAUCGGCCACAACAACAAGGGAGGGUCGGCUGGGUGGUUUCUGGAGAAGGUUAUUAUUGAGGACAUUGGCAACAAAUCGAUCUACGAAUUCCCGUGUUCUCGCUGGUUCGCUAUUGAUGAAGAUGAUGGAAAAAUUCAGAGAGAUCUUCUGGUUGGAGGAAGUGAAGCCACGGGCAUUGUCUACAAUGUCUCUGUAAUGACCGGAGACAUCCGAGGAGCCGGGACAGACUCGAAGGUCCACAUCAUUCUUCAUGGAUCGAAAGGGUUAAAAAACAGCGGCAAGAUCUUUCUUGAGGGAGGAGAGUUUGAACGACGGAAGAUCGACGUCUUCAACAUCGAGAUCGCGGCUUUACUCAGCCCCCUCAGCCGGGUGACCAUCGGGCAUGACGGGAAUGGCGUUGGCGCUGGAUGGUACUGCGAGAAGGUGGUGGUCUACUGCCCUUUCACCGGCAUCGAACAGACCUUCCCGUGUGGCAGAUGGCUGGACAUCGAUGAAGGAGAUGGUUUGAUAGAAAGGGAACUUUAUGAAAUGGUUUCUUUGCGCCAGAAAAGACAAAAGAAACACCCAUGGUCACUUUGGAUAUGGACAAGUGACGUUAAAAAUGCUGGAACAGAUGCCAAUAUCCUUCUGCAGAUCUUCGGACAGAAGGGAAAGUCGGAUGAAUUGAGGCUGGACAACAACUCAGAUAAUUUUGAAACGGGACAGACAGACAAGUUUAUGAUUGAACUUCCAGAUCUUGGGGCCCUAUAUAAGAUCAGGAUAUGGCAUGAGAAGAGGAAUGCUUUUAGUGGUUGGCAUCUAAGUAAGUUGACUUUGCUAAAGACCCUGACCAAAGAGAAAUACACCUUUAAAUGUGGCCGUUGGUUGGACCUGAACGAAGAUGAUGGGGAAAUUGUACGGGAGCUUCCGGCAGAAGGACCACUGGUGCUUGAGGUUUUACCAGUGGUGAAGUAUCGAGUGACUGUCUGUACCGGCAACGUGAGCGGUAGUGGAACCGAUGCCAACGUCUUCCUCUGCCUAUUCGGAGACCUCGGGGACACUGGAGAACGCUUCCUCAUUGACUGCAAGAACAACAUGAACAAGUUUGAAAAGGGCAAUGCUGAUGAAUUUAUCAUAGAAGCCGUGACUCUACAGAAAGUGAGGAGGGUGCGCAUAGGGCAUGAUGGGAAAGGAGGAGGCUGCGGAUGGUACCUUGACAAGGUUCUAGUGAAAGAGGAAGGAAAACCCGAUUCUGAAAACAUAGAAUUCCCCUGUGACAGGUGGUUCGAUAGGAAUGAAGAUGAUGGUUUUAUCAUUCGAGAGUUAGUUCCAAGCGGGGACUCGCAGAAUCUGAGAAGUAUCAGUUAUCACUUCCAGAUUAAGACAGGAGAUGUCAGCGGCGCCAGCUCUGACUCCCGAGUGUUUGUCAAGCUGUACGGUGAGAAGGGAGACACCAUCAAACAGUUCCUGCUUGUUUCUGACAACGACGUGGAUGACAACUUUGAAAGGGGACGGGUGGACAACUUCACCAUCAACACCAUAGAUAUUGGGAAGAUUAACAAGCUCCUGAUUGGCCAUGAUAAUGUGGGAAUUCGAGCUGGGUGGUUUUUGGGCAACGUUGUGGUGCUGGUCCCGGCACAUGGCAAACAGUAUAUGUUCCCAGUCAACCGCUGGCUCUGCAGGGAUGAAUGUGACGGCAAAGUGGAGGUGGAAGUCUACGCCAGUGAAGUCAUCGAUAUUGAGAAAUUGAUUAAUUAUGAAGUCACCGUCACCACGGGGAAUGUGCGCGGUGCUGGUACCAAUGCCAACGUUUUUAUGCAGCUUUAUGGGGAGCACGGGAAGACGGAGGAAACCACCUUACGUAGUCGAUCCAAUGACUUUGAGAGAGGAGCAGAGGAUAUAUUUAAGAUUGAAGCACUUGAUGUUGGUAAAAUCCUCAAGCUCAGGAUUGGUCAUGACGGUAAAGGGCUUGGAGAUGGCUGGUUUUUAGAAUCAGUUGAGGUCCGGAGGGUUGAGGAAAAAAUGGUAGCCGUCGCACAACCCCCUGAUAAGAAGAAGAAGACAAACAAGAAGAAGAAGCCCGGUAAAGAGGAAGAGGAGCUGCAACCGAAGGAAGUAGUGCAGUCAUACAAGUUUGAGUGUAACCGGUGGCUGGCCCGCGGGGAAGGCGACGGAGAGUUGGUGGUGGAACUUGUUCCUCAAAACACCACUGACCUGGAAGAGAACACCUAUGAGGUUCAUGUAUUCACCGGCACUGUCUGGGGAGCUGGCACUGAUGCCAAUGUGUUCAUUACAAUUUAUGGAGAGAUUGGAGACACCGGUGAACGCCAGCUGAGAAAAUCCAACCACCUCAACAAGUUCGAGAAAGCACAGGAGGAUGUUUUCUCUAUAAAUGCUGUUGAUAUGGGAGAGCUCAAAAAGCUUAGGAUCCGCCAUGAUAAUAAAGGAGGGAACGCCGCAUGGUUCCUGGACCGCGUUGAAAUAAUGGAUAUGAAAGAUGAAACCAAAUACUUUUUCCCAUGUCAGAGGUGGCUGGCAGUGGAUGAAGACGAUGGGCAGAUAUCUCGAAUGUUGGUGCCGGUAAAUGAAGCAUUUAUGAAAAAGGAUGACGACGGCGAAGAGCAAUCCCUUGCUACGCUGGGCUUGGAGCAAAAAGCCAAAUCUACAACAUACACAGUGAGAGUGAAGACGGGGGACAAGAAGCACGCUGGGACCGAUGCCAACGUGUUUAUUAUAUUGUAUGGAGAGAAAGAUGAUACUGGUUUAAUGAACCUCAAGGCAUCCAAAACCAACAAGAACAAGUUUGAGAGGGGUCAGGAUGACGUGUUUACCGUUGAGGCUGUGGAUAUCGGGCCCCUCAAAAAGAUCAAAAUCGGUCAUGACAACAAAGGGCCCUCCGCCGGGUGGUUCCUUGACUGGGUGGAAAUUGAUGCACCGUCUCUUGGACACAGGGUCAAAUUCCCUUGUGGACGCUGGUUGGAUAAAACCGAAGAUGAUGGCGACAUCGAAAGAUAUCUCUUCCCUUCUGAGCUUCAGACCGAACAGUACACUCCAUUUGUGCCCUAUGAGAUUACCGUUUACACCAGUGACAUCUUUGGAGCGGGGACAGAUUCCGAUGUGUUCAUCGUUCUGUACGGCAGGGACGGAGUCUGUACCACGCAGAAGUCCCUCUGUGUAAACAAGCGCGAGCGAAGAAUGUACUUCGAGAGGAACUCUGUAGACCAGUUCAUAGUGGAGCUGGAGGACAUCGGGGAUGUGAUUGAAAAGAUACGCAUUGGACACAAUGGAAAAGGCAUCAACUCCGGGUGGCAUCUUGACAGAGUAGAGAUACGGCGCCUGUUACCCAAUGGAAAGGGUUCACAGACUGUCACCUUUCCAUGUGAGCGAUGGCUGGCAAAGUCCGAAGACGACGGAGAGACGAUGAGGGAGCUCACACCAUCAGACAUCUUUACCGAGAAGCUUACAAGGGACGGCACUCUGAAACAGAUUGAAAUGGAAGUGGAAGACCCUCUGGAAACGCACAACUAUAGCAUAUCUGUGUACACCGGAGAUAUCUAUGGCGCUGGAACGGAUGCAAAUGUCUUCCUCACUGUCUACGGGGACCUCGGCGACACCGGAGAGCGCAAACUCAGCAAAUCCGAGACCAACAAGAACAAGUUUGAGAGAGGGCAGGUGGAUAAAUUUAAUAUUGAGGCCGUGGAUUUGGGUACCAUUUUCAAAAUUAAGAUCCGACAUGAUAACAGCAUGCUGAACCCAGAUUGGUACUUGGAGAGGGUGGAAAUCCUAAAUGAGGUGACAGAGGAGACGUAUAUGUUCCUUUGUGAGCGAUGGCUUUCCACCAAGAAAGAAGACAAGAAGAUCGACAGGAAUUUUUAUGAAAAGGAUUAUGACGGAGAGCGACAAAGCUUGGGCAGCUCAUCGAAAAGCUUUUGGGGCUCGGCUCUAAGUCUCAAAAGUCAGGACAACAAUGCCAACUUGAAGAAUAAAAGCAGUGUAGAUGGCUCCAUACAAGAUGGACAAUUGAUUCCCUAUCACAUCACCAUCACCACAGGCCAGGAGCGUGAUGGUGGCACUGAAGCCCGAGCCUACGUCAUCAUUAUGGGUCCUCAGAAGAUAAGGACAGAGAGGCUCUGGCUGGACCUCCCCAAGGGAAAGAAAAGCUUUGCUCCAGGGUCCGUCGAGAAGUUCUCAGUUGUGGGUUUAGAUGUGGGAGAGAUUAAGAGGAUGGAGCUUGGCCAUGAUGGGUCUACUCCAGAGAGCUGCUGGCUGGUGGAAGAAAUACAACUCAAUGUGCCUACCAAAGGGGUCAUGUACACCUUUACUUGUAAAUGUUGGUUUGCCAAAGACAGAGGAGACGGUCUCAGUGCUCGCGUCUUUAAUAUAUUGGAUGCAGCUGCCAUCACCAUUGGCCAAAAGGUUCUCCAUGAAGUCACUGUGGUCACUGGUGAUGUUCCCAAUGGAGGUACCGAUGCCAAUAUUUACAUGAUAUGUUACGGGGCCAGUGGGAGCACCGAUGAAAUGCUGUUGCCAAAAUGUGGAGACAGGUUUGAGAGAGGUCAAAGAGACACGUUUGUAAUGGAAAUUGCUGAUAUUGCACCCUUCAAGAAGAUGAGGGUCUGGAUAGAUGGGAAAGGAAGCCGUCCUGAGUGGUAUCUUGAUAAGAUAAUACUGAAAAACAUGAGUAAUGAAGAAGAGACGACAUUUACCUAUGAUGACUGGCUGUCAAAGACCAAAGGUGAGAAGAGGCAACUGUCGUGCGAGUUGGCGGCCGUAGUAGAUGAGGAGGAGAUGGUUGAUACCACCACAUACAUCAUCCAAGUGAAGACUAGCGACGUCACAGGUGGCGGUACCGAUGCCAACGUUUUCCUGACAAUCUUUGGAGAGAACGGUGACAGCGGAACACUUGCGAUGAAGCAGUCGAAUAACACCAACAAGUUUGAGAAAAAUCAGAUGGACUCUUUCCGCUUUCCAGAUAUGCUAAGCCUGGGCGACCUCUGCAAAGUGCGCGUGUGGCAUGACAACUCUGGGGUCGGUCCCGGGUGGCACUUGGAGUUUAUAGAUGUAAGAGACGAGUUGAUGAACAAGACGUUCCGCUUCCAGUGCGAUCGCUGGCUGGCUAAGAACCGCGAAGACAAGCAGAUCAUCAGAGAGCUCGCCUGUGCCAACAACGACAUCCUGGACCUCAAGGAGCGCACGUCAUAUGAGAUAGUGACGGUGACAAGUGACCGCAAUGAUGCCGAGUCAAAAGAGAACGUCUGGAUUGUAUUAGAAGGGAAGAAGGGAAGAUCUAAGGAGUUUCUACUGGAGAACAACUCCAAGAAGAGGAGAUUUGCUCGGAAUGCAACGGAUGUGUUUAAGUUUCCAUCAAAGAACGUGGGUGAUAUUGCAGCAAUAUGCGUUGGCCAUUGUCCUAAGGAUGGGAAGAAGUUUUCUCCCAAGCAAGAUUUGCACUGGCACGUGAAGGAGAUCACCAUCACAGAAUUGGAACUUGGAAACCAAUAUAUCUUUAACUGCAAUGCCAAGGUUCCACUGCGCAACAAAAGAGACGACUACAAAGUCUUUGAGUGUGCCAAGACCAUCGAGAGCUUUGCCAGUAAGGCCCGCAGCCUCGUUCCGGUGAAAUACGAAGUCAUCAUAGUCACUGGUUUCGAAAAGGGAUCAGGAACAGACGCCAAUGUUUCCAUCAUUAUGUUCGGGUCCAAUGGAGACUCGGGCAAGCACGACCUAAAACAGAAGAUGAGGAACCUCUUUGAACGAGGAAAGACCAACCGUUUUUAUAUCGAGACGUUAGACCUGGGCGAGAUGAAGAAAGUUCGUGUAGAACAUGAUAAUAGUGGACUCAACCCUGGCUGGCUGCUGGAGAGGGUCGAGGUCACCAAUUCCGCCACUGGAGUGACGACCAUUUUUCCAUGUGGCAAGUGGCUGGACAAAAAGAGAGGUGACGGUGAGCUAGUGAGAGAUCUCUACCCAAGAUACUAGACCAACCUAAAUUAUCUGCGCCAUCUUGCCAUGCCUUUCAUAGACAAAUUUUACAUGUAUUUUAUACAUAUUUAUAACGUACUUUUUUUAUAUACUAAACACCAAGACGUUAAACACAACCUGUACAGGAUCUCCUUUUAUGACUUUUGAAGAAUCAGAACCUUUCACUGUAUUUCGGUACUUCCUGGUAGCGACCUGUCAGCCAUUUUGUCACCCCAGAUAAAGGCCAUAAUCCAGCACUUGUGUUACCAUAGAGCUCAGGAAAACUGAACAAAUAUAUUUUUCCUUCAUUGGGUAAAAAAAUCAUGAUAUAAUGUUUAAUAAACUGAUAUAUAAUUGUGA